CAUGGCGACGAUAGAAUAACCUAUAUUAUCUGGUCCUACGUGUUCGGGUCGUUGUUUUGAGCAGCGGAGCGUGCAGAAAUAUUUCGCACGUUCGCGAGGACGCGAAAUUACGUUUCUAUUCUCCAACAAGCACGAGAAUAACCCGUGUGUUGGAUGAAUAAACGCGUUCUUCAGUCAAGAACGUUAUCUCUCUUAGAUAUAGGUACUAGGAAGCUGAUCAAGUACGGGAAGAAGGCAUGAUGGGAGAUCGGAAAGCAGAGCUUGAAAGAAAGAAAGCUAAACUUCAAGCGAUUAGAGAAGAAAAAGAAAGGAGAAGAAGAGAAAAGGAACAAAAAGAUAUUGAAGAAGCACAUAAGCGGGCAAUAAACCAAAAAGAAGAUCCAUUAAAAGAAACUGAUGCACUUUUAUCAUCACUGGGUAUUGCACCAGUUUCAGAAGUACUAUCGAGUAUAUCUAGUGUAAACUCUACAGCUACUCCAGAUCAAAGUGUAACAGCAACUCCUGACACUAGCUUACAGCCAAAUAGUAUUAAUUCUGCUCAAAGUGCACCGAAAAAGAAGAAUCGUGAGCUUACGAUAGUUUCGGUAGCGCGCACGAACAUUCCACCAAAAGAACCAGUCGUUUAUACGAAGCAAACGCAAACAGCAGCAGCAGUAGUUCAUGCUUCCCAUGAUGGACUAUCCGCCUCCUCUUCCACAAACUCUUCCUGUUCAACAACAACACCAACUCAUUCUUGCUCCGCAGGCUACUUUGAGACCGACUGGUGGCGUCCCAGGAAAGGUGGGUCUGCACCUAACUACCUAUACGAGUACAAUCUAAACCCAGGUUUAGAGUGGGAGGACGAGUUCACAGCCGAGGACGAGGAGAACAGCCUGCCACAUCUUGAUGGUUUCCAGAGCAAACUGCCACCUGGAAUCUUACCCCAUGGGCUUCCUCAAGUCAAAGAAGUUCUGCCAGCGGUCACUCAAGAGGAAAAGGAGAAAGAGAAAGAACAACCCAAGGAAGUGAGAGAAUUGAGUGAAGAAGAAAAGCAGAUGAUCAUCCUGUCAGAGGAGUUCAAACGUUUCAUGGAUAAAACCUCAAGGGUCGUGGAACGUGCACUUUCCGAAAAUGUCGACAUUUACACGGAUUACACCGGAACAAUGGACGGAGAUGAUGGCUUGGACGACAAGACUCAUCAGUGCUUGUGGCUAAACCGUGUGUUCAACGACGAGCGCUGGUCGCGCAAUCGUUGUGUCACGGCAAUGGAUUGGUCGCCACAAUUCCCAGAGUUACUGGUCGCUUCUUACAACAACAACGAGGAUACACCUCACGAUCCAGACGGCGUAUGUCUCGUUUGGAACACUAAAUUCAAGAAAACCACGCCUGAGUUCAUCUUUCACUGUCAAUCUUCAGUCAUGUCCACCACUUUCGCUAGGUUUCAUCCGAAUCUCAUUCUUGGUGGUACUUAUUCGGGUCAGGUCGUUCUUUGGGACAAUCGGGUACAGAAGAGGACACCUAUUCAGCGCACACCUUUGUCCGCAGCUGCGCACACUCAUCCAGUGUAUUGCUUAAAAGUGGUGGGCACGCAAAAUGCCCACAACUUGAUUAGCAUAUCUACAGACGGAAAAUUAUGUUCCUGGAGUUUGGAUAUGUUGUCGCAGCCUCAGGAAACUUUAGAAUUACAGAAUAAACAAUCAAAGCAGAUAGCAGUCACUCAGCUCGCUUUCCCAAGCGGUGAUGUAAAUAAUUUUGUAGUUGGUAGUGAAGAUGGGGCCAUAUACUCAGCCUGUCGGCAUGGCACAAGGGCAGGUGUGACAGAAACUUAUGAUUGCCACAUGGGUCCUAUAACGGGUUUGGAUACGCACGCAGUACCCGGCGGUAUUGACUUUUCACAUCUAUUUCUUAGUUCGUCUCUUGACUGGACUAUUAAAUUAUGGAGUUUGAAGGAGAACAAACCCCUCUAUUCAUUCGAGCACAACAGUGAUUACGUUUACGAUGUGGCCUGGUCGCCAACCCAUCCGGCAGUGUUUGCUGCAGUUGAUGAUUCUGGUAGACUAGAUUUAUGGAAUUUGAACCAGGACACCGAGGUACCUACCGCCAGUGUCGUCGUUGAUGGGUGCCCUGCUCUCAAUCGGAUCUCGUGGACGCCCAGCGGGUUGCAUCUUACUGUAGGAGAUGAUAGUGGAAAGAUUUGGGUGUACGACGUUGCUGAGCAUUUGGCACACCCAAGAAUGGAUGAAUGGAACAAGUUCUUGUACUGUCAGCAAGACUUUAAGAAUAAUAAAGCUGACGAGGAAUUGGAUAAGCUUAAUCUUAGUUCAGGACCAUCAUCGUUAACGUCAAUGACCUCGAUGUCUUCGGUUCCGCUAAGAUAAAUGUCGCGCUAAAAUUUUCGAAAGCUCGAAAAUCGAGACUAUUUGUUAAUAUUAUCAAACGCUCUUUUUUUCUAUUGAACUUUUUUAAAUAAAAUUACUUCCUUAAAGUAGUGUUAUCAUGAAAGAAAAAUUACAACAAAUAUUGAAUAGAUGAAUAUUAUUGAAAGGUAUUGUUAAUAACAUAGAUUAAAAAAAUUAUGGACGUAGUCAACGCCUCAUAAAUAAAGAUUCGCUUAUUGUGAAGAAUUUGAUCUUUGAUGUAUCAAAUUCUAUAACCAAUAUAUAAUAUGUAAAAAGAUGUAUUACAAGCUUUGUAUGAAAAGUGAAAUAAUUAUAAUUUAUUUAAUUAUAACAAAACUUCAAGAGAACUUGAAGUUUUCAGUGAUUGUUGGAAUGCGUAUAAUUGACUCAUGUAAA